GUUGGAAAUAGAGCGGGGGGGUUUAGGAUAGAUAAUAGCAAACCGACUUCGGAGAACCAAAACAACGAACUGUCUGAAACGGCGUUUUAAAAUAUCUCUCUCUCCCGUCUUUCCCAUCGCCCUCUCUUGUUUCCUUUUCAACGGCUCCGAUUUUCUUCUAUCUCCGCGACCAAACCCAUCUUCCAAGGAAACUCAACACUACACGCAAGAGCCAACCCCCAAAAAACUCAACUUUGGUUGUUUGUGUUUGUAAAGUUUGAUACUUUUAACGUUUUGUUAUUAAAUGGGGUAUGAGCCUGAUCCAGAUGCUCUUCGUUGGGGUCUCCACGAUCUUGAAGUUUGUACACUUACAAACGCUGGCUCUUGCGGCAGCGUGACGCGUUACGAGACUGAUGCUGUUGCUCAAGGCUAUGUUAGAGAAGGUUACAACCAGCCUUUGACUGGUUAUGUAGACAAUGAUGCGGUUAUAGCUCAGUUUUAUCAAGAUGAACUGUCUAGAGUUGAUAGAGCUGAAGCAUCUGAUAAUUUGAGGAUCAGUAAUAAUCCUAGUCGGAUCUCUGUUGUUUCACAAGAGUGGCCUCACCAAGGGCAGGAUAAUCAAGGGGAAGAAGCUAUUGAUAUUUCUCUGGAAAGUGAGAUGGAGGAUAAGAAUGUUGUGAGGAUAGGGAAUCAAGGAGAGCAAAGUUCACCAGGUCGUGAUGAUGAUGAUGGUGGCUCAGAUUGUUCUGUGGAAAUAGAGGAAGAGUCUUGGUCUUUGGAUUCUGAGGUUGGGAAGCGACUCAACCAAAUGAUACCUAUUGCUCAUGUGCCGAAAAUCAAUGGGGAUUUACCGUCAGAGGAUGAACAGAUUUCUGAUCAUGAACGCCUUUUUCAGAGAUUACAGCUUUAUGGCUUGGUGGAGAAUAAGAUACAAGGGGAUGGAAACUGCCAGUUUCGGUCACUAUCAGACCAGCUUUACCGCUCUUCAGAUCACCAUGAUUUUGUCAGAGAACAAGUUGUUAAUCAGCUUGCGUAUAAUCGAGAGAUGUAUGAAGGUUAUGUUCCAAUGCCGUACACAGACUACCUUAAAACAAUGAAACGGAAUGGAGAAUGGGGUGAUCACGUUACUCUUCAAGCUGCUGCCGAUUGGUAUGGUGUUAGGAUGUUUGUGAUAACUUCAUUCAAGGAUACAUGUUACAUUGAGAUUUUGCCUCAUUUGCAAAAGUCUAAUCGCCUUAUAUGUUUAAGCUUCUGGGCUGAGGUUCAUUACAAUUCAAUCUAUCCUGAAGGAGAGCUGCCUGAACCGGAAGGCAAGAAGAAGAAGAAAUAUUGGGUUUUCUGAGCUCUGUUUCUUCUCUGAUGUGGAGCACAGAGUUGAUGAAGUCUUGAAUAAUAUUAACAUGUUUUAUUCUUUUAAUUAACUUUAGUUGUAGAGAGCAAUAUGCUCUUGUACAUACUGAACAUAAUCCCGUUGAGGCAUAUUAUCCUUAGACUUAUAUAGUUUGCUCAUUUGUUUCUUGUUUUAAGAUUUACUUAGUUUUAUAUAUGUGGGGAUAAAUCAAUAAAGGAAAGGUUACAGCUCUUGCUCACCA